AAUCUGAGCUUCUAAUUUUAUUUUAUUUUUUUUGAAAAGAUAUCUUCAUCACCAUGACCUCCAUGAGUUCAUCUCCAGUUAUAUAAACCCUUUUUCUUCUCCACAAACCCACCAUUCCAAUGGAUCAAUCUUCAGCAAGUUCCGUCAAUGAAUUCUACACUUUCCUCACUCAUGGCUUAGAUGAUCUCGAAAGACUCCAUCUCUCUAAUCCCUUCAUGUCAAUCCAAUUCCUUCAAAGGGUCCUCUCCCUUCUCAGAACUUCCCAUUCCCAGAUACUUAUACUCGUUCAAAAGCUUCAUCUCCCUGUCGGUGAUAAGUGGCUUGAUGAAUACAUGGACGAAAGUUCCAAGCUUUGGGAAGCUUGUCAUGUUCUUAAAUCAGGGGUUUCCGGCAUGGAAAACUAUUACUCUUCUGGGUUCAACGUCGUUUCUUCUCUCGACAAUCAUACACACCUUAAUCCACAUCUUUCCAGACAGGUGAUCAGGGCGAUUUCGAGAUGCAGGAGAGAAGCCAUGGGGUUGGAGGAAGAGAACAGGGCGUUCAUGGAGACGAGAAUCGAACGACUCUCGUUGAAAUUCGACGAGAAAGUUUAUAUCGAAUCGAAGCUGAAUGGGUUCAAUGGGUUCAGAGGAGUUUUGUACGCAAUUAGGAACGUGAGCUCAUUGCUGCUGGUGAUAUUACUCAACGGGGUGGUCCAAUCUUGUUGGGAAGGAUCGAGCUUUUUCAGAGAGGAGGACGAAGGUUGUUUGUUAUUCGGGUCGGGUUUCAUGAUUUCGACGGCGAGGUUGCGGCGGAGAGUGGCGGAGGAGAUAGAGCAGAUGAAUGGGAAAGGCGGUGGUGGGAUGUUGUUGUACGAAUUUAGAAGAUCGAAGGUGGCGAUGGAAGAGAUGAGGGGGGAGCUGGAGAGGAGGAUUAAUGGAGUGGUGGAGUGGGAAACAGAGGUGGGAUUGAGGGAGAAAGUGGAGAACUUGAGAGGGUGUUUUGGGGUAUUGAGAAGUGGGAUUGACAACAUUGUAGGGCAGCUUGAUGAUUUCUUUGAUGACAUUGUUGAAGGGAGGAAGAAGCUUUUGGAUUUUUGCAGUCACAGAUAAAUGGGGCUGUUUGGGGGAAAAGAAAAUUAAAAAGAAAAAAUACUAUAGGAGAUAGAAUUUAUGACCCUUUCUCUUCUCUUCUCUUCUUCUUCUUUUCAUGCAUUUAUUGUUUCCAUCUACCAUGGAGAUACAAUUUUCCUCUUCAUGCUUAUAACAUAUAUUGUAUAUGCAGAGGAGCAAAACAGAGUAACUUGGACUUCAGAAAUCUUCAAACUAUCAACAGUUUAAGAGCAAAAUGAACUUAUAGGAGUAUUUUUCUUGGAGAGCUUCCUCCAAAUGUUUUUCC